AUGAGUGAAGCAGACAUUAUUUCCAUCAGCUGCAUUUCCCCAGAGCUGAUCCAUAAAGAUUCACUCAAUGCUGAAAGCUGCAGUGCUGCUUUGGAUGCCUCUCAAGAUGAGAUGCAGGGUGCAGGGAAGAAAAGUGAAUGUGACUACACGCUUUACAAGGGGGAUCAUCUUUCUGAGCCACUACUUGAGGAUUUCAUAUAUGAUUCUGAAGAUGCUUCAGAAAAACUAAUGACACCACCGCUCAACACUCGGAGAACUUGGCCUAUAGAUAAAGAUUCUUUCUACGCUAGCGAGUGGAAGGACUCCAAUGAGGAAUUAUCAUCCCAAGAAGAAUCAACACAACAGUGCAGAAUACUGGAUAAGCCAAAGAAAAGCUGUGGAAUAGAAAAAGACCCUGGUCAAAAAGUAGCAUGGGAACUCAUGACUAAGGAAGCUUUACCAGCCGGGGACUUAUUCUUGGAUACACUGGCUGUGCCAAUCCAGGAAGAUCCGUUGGUGAUCAUGGGAGAAUCAUUACUAGACUGCAUUGUGAAGGACUCCCCCAUCAAAGAAGUAUCAAGUUUUCUCACUCAGUCCACCAGCUCUUUAUUCAAGACAGAUGGAACUUUUGCAGAUGAAGAUUUGCCUAUUACAUUGGAAGGUUCAAAUAUGGCUGAGAAAACAUCUGAUCAGGAUGGAAAUAUGAUGGACACUGAACAACCCACCGAAUCAGCAGACACAGGGCUCACCAUUUCUCCAGAUAUUUUGGACGAAAACCUCGAUUAUGUUUGCACUCUCAUGCAAUCGAACAGACACUUAAAGGAACGCCUCAAGAGAAACUUGGCCUAUUGUACCAAUCAAGAAGAAGUGGUUAGCAGCCCUUCUCCACCAGAAAUUGUUGAAACUGUAUCCAAAGGAGAACAUAAAGCAGAAAAUAAAUUAGUAUCUCUACAAGCAGAGAUGCCAAAAGAUUGCAGGCAAGGGGAUACAGGAGACCGUUCUCCAUCCCAUAUUACAAGGAGCUGCUGCCUAAACCCUUAUGAAGCAUCCCUAAAACUCUGUGAGAGAAACACCUUGGAGUUUAGUUCAAAGCAACUGCUGCUUCAGGAAGGUGACAUGGACUUCUAUAAGGCGAUUAAUGGUUUAGGACACGACCAGCAGAAGCAGCUGACCCAAGUUUUGGAUCUUCAGCAAUGCGGUGUAGUUUUAGAGAAGAAGAUUAAAGAAAUGGAGAUACUGCUGCUUCAGGAAGGAGACGUGGGCUGGGACAAAACCAUCCACGAACUAAAGGAGGACCAAAAGAAGCAACAGACCCAAAUCAUGGACCUCUACUAUGAUGCCGUUUCCUUGGGGACCAAGGUUAAAGAGCUGGAGGUGGACAUUCGCAAACGGCAUGACUUCUUUGACACCAUCAACACCUUGAAGAAGAACAUUGCUGAUCUCAUGGAAGCAAAGAACAAGGCCAUUGAGGAGAAGGACAAGGCAGAGAGCUUUCUGAAGAGCACAGAAGAGGCUUUGGCCAGCACAAAGGGUCAUCUGCAGGACUUUGACGCAGAGAGAUCAACUCUGAUGCUGCAGUUGAAAAAGUUUAAGGCAGAUGUUAGUGCCCUUCAGGAAAAGCUUCAGGAAGAAGUGGAACAGAAGACCACAUACAUGAACCAGUGUGUGGCGCUGGACUCCAUUCUCCACAGGAAAGAGCAAGAAAUACAAGAGCUGAGCAGUGACAAACACAAGUUGGAGCAGGAGGUGGGUGGCACUGUGUCAGCUCUGAAGAAGAUGAAGGAAGAAAAGGACAGCCUUGAGAAGCACAUCACAUCUCUGCAGGCAGCCAUGCAGAGGCAGAAGGAUGAGAGGCGGGCAGAAAAGAAAAAGCUGGCCUGCAGAUACAGCAAACUGGUCGCUCAGAUUAAAAUUUUGCAGGUGCAAUCUGAGAAUGAGCAGGCCGAGAUGGAGAAGAUGCAGCAACAGAUCCACACAUUCAGAAUGGAGAAUGGUGAACUUGAGCAGCAGGUUGCAAAGAGCAAAAAUCAGAAUCAUUUUCUGCAGGCGGAGUCUGCCAGGUGGAAAGAACAGUAUGACCAGAUCAGAGAAUCACAAACACUGAAGGAGAAGAUGCAGUACCAGAUUAUUGAGGUACUCACCUAUAAGCUUCAACUACAACAGGAAGAGCUGAGGAAAAAAGAAGAAAUAAUAGCAUGGAAGAUGCACAUUUUGGGAAGGCUUCAUUUGGACAUGAAGUCAGUGCAUUCUGAUUUAUCCACCAGAAGCCUCUGCACUGAAGAAAACCAUUCCAACUCUCCCUACGUCCAAAAAGCAUCCAACCUUUUGUUGAAAAUCCGCAGUCUUUUGGCUCUAACAGAGGGCUUACUUACCUGUCAGGUAAUGCAAAACAGCCCUUUCAGUACCAGUCUAAAUAGUCACUAAAGAAUUAGUUCUAUGAUCCAUCUGGACCAACUUAUCAUCUUGACAUUCACUGUAUUGUAUAUUUCCAACGAGAAUGAAAUAAAUCUUUCUUCUG